CAACCAAACGGGUAGCAACUGCCAUCUAUGCCAGUCUUGCUCACCUGCAAGCAUCCCUUAGGCCUAGACCGACAAAAAUAAAGGCGAAAAUACAAAACUAAGAACGUUUUUCGGACAUCGGAAGGAGUAUUGUGUGUUCUGGGAGAUUUAAUGGCAAACGCAUAGCUGAUGUUAACUGGGCCGGGAGGGUGCGAGUGAUUAUUUAAAAGCCUUUUGACGCGCAACGCCAGUUGUGGUAUUUUGGAGGGGGUGGAGGAGCGACAGACGGAACAUCGCGCUAGAAUCGCAGCAGCGAGGCUCAGAAAAAAACACAACAUUUUGAAGGAUUGCAACAGGACGCCUAUAGGAUACAUUUUGACGAACACAAAUAAGAGACUGCGUAUUGCGGGCUGUCCUCCAAUCAUAAAUAAUGGUGUCCACAGUUUUUGCUGUGACACUGUAUGUCACAUUGCUGCAUCUGGCUUCAGGUGCAUCCUUAGGGACACCGGACCCUGAGGAGCCCCCCACCAUGACCUCUAGUCCCCGCCCCUUGGGAGAACUCAUCCACGCUGCACUUAUGAGUAAGGAGUACCUUGGCCAUACCCUUGGUAGCACAGGUACAACUACCAAUCCGACCCAGGCCGUCCCGUCCAUCAGAGAAUCAGAACUUGCUUCGACAAUGAUGUCCCCAGGUAUCCUCACCACAGCAGUGACCUCAUCGGCUGCACCUCGAGCUGCCCAGUCAGGUUUUGGGAGUGGCGUGACAUCACCACCAGCAGAGGAAGAGACAACAACCACUCUAAUUACCACAACGACAAUAACAACAGUGCACACGCCAGUGCAAUGUAACGCCAGUCUGUCAGGAAUAGAGGGAAUAGUCGAGUCCCCUGAUCCACUCUCCUCCUCAUCUCUAUAUUCCCCACUGGAAUGCACCUACAGCAUCACUGUUUAUCCUGGAUAUGGUGUUGAGAUACAGGUAAAGAAAGUGAACUUGUCCAAGGAGGAAUCACUUACCAUUCUGGAGCUGGGUGGGGCAGCACCAGAGCGUUUGGCCAACGAGACGCUGAUGAGCGAAGGUCAGGUGAUCCGUAGUUCAACCAAUCAGGUGCAGAUUCACUAUAGGAGCCUGAAACAAGCAAAUCAUGGCGCUUUCAGCUUUCACUACCAAGCAUUCCUUCUGUCCUGCUCAUUCCCGCUUUCUCCUGAGGGUGGGGGAGUGACUGUGACCGAUAUUCAUCCUGGUGGUCAAGCUCACUUCCAUUGUGAUCCAGGGUUUGAGGUCAGAGGUCAUGAGGUUGCAACCUGUCUGAACUCAACUCGACCAAGAUGGAGCACCUCUGAACCGCAGUGUGUGGCUGUAUCUUGUGGAGGAUGGAUCAGAAACGCCACUGUGGGCCGCAUACUCUCUCCGACUCUCCCAUCCGCAAGUAACCAUAGCAGCGGCAGCAACCUGAGCUGCCAUUGGCUCCUGGAGGCCAAGGAAGGACACAGGCUCCACCUUCACUUUGAGAGGGUGGCUCUUGAUGAAGACAAUGACAAGUUGAUUGUGCGCAGUGGGAAUAGCUCUGCAGCACCUCUUCUGUUCGACUCGGAUCUGGAUGAUGUUCCUGAGCGAGGAAUCGUGAGUGAGGGAAUGUCUCUCUUUGUGGAACUCACUGCAGACUCUUCAUCCAUUCCUCUGUUGCUGGCGCUCCGCUACGAGGCCUAUGAUGGGGAGCACUGUUAUGAACCAUACCUGCCUCAUGGGAACUUCAGCAGCAGCGACAUCACCUUCCCGCUGGGUACCGUAGUAACCUUCUCAUGCUCUCCUGGUUUCGUCAUGGAGCAGGGCUCAGGAGUUAUGGAGUGUGUUGACCCCAGUGAACCUCACUGGAAUGAGAGCGAGCCAGUUUGCAGAGCUUUGUGUGGUGGUGAACUGACAGACCCAGUUGGAACAGUGCUGUCACCUGAUUGGCCACAAAGCUACUCUAAGGGGCAGGACUGUGUGUGGCAGAUACACGUUAGCGAGGACAAGCGCAUCGAACUGGAUGUACAAAUAUUGAACAUCCGCCAUAAUGACGUUCUGACUAUAUUUGAUGGGCAUGAUCUGAUGUCACACGUGAUUGGACAGUACCUGGGCUCAAGAGAGAGGUUCAGGAUUGUAUCUGGGGGUUCGGAGGUCACCAUUCAGUUUCAGAGCGAUCCAGAUGACUCUACAUUUAUACUCAGCCAAGGCUUCCUGAUUCACUACAGAGAGGUGGAGCCUAAUGACACGUGUCCCGUCCUACCCCCAAUCGAGUUCGGCUGGAGCAGCUCCUCUCACCCGUCCCUGGUGAGGGGCAGUGUGCUGACCUAUCAGUGUCAACCUGGAUAUGACAUUGCUGGCUCUGACAUCAUCACCUGCCAAUGGGAUCUUUCCUGGAGCAACAACCCGCCCACCUGUGUAAAAAGUAAAAUGAUCCAGCAGUGCCCUGAUCCAGGAGAGGUGGUGAAUGGAGCACGUUCAGUACAUCCUGAGACUGGUUUUACUGUGGGUACCGUGGUACGCUUCACAUGUAACCAGGGUUAUCAGCUGGAGGGCCCUAGUCAGAUCUCCUGCCAUGGCAGGGACACGGGCAUGCCCAAAUGGAGCGACCGCAGCCCCAAGUGUGUCUUAAAAUAUGAUCCAUGCCCAAACCCUGGGGUACCAGACAACGGCUACCAGACCCUAUAUAAGCACAGUUACCAGGCAGGCGAGACUCUGCGCUUCUUCUGCUAUGAGGGCUACGAGCUCAUUGGGGAAGUUAUCAUUAACUGUGUCCCAGGACACCCCUCUCAGUGGAACAGCCCACCACCCUUCUGUAAAGUGGCCUAUGAAGGGCUACUGGACGAUCAUAAAUUGGAGGUUUCUCAGUCAUUAGAGGCCUCCCACCAAAUGUUGAGUGAGAACAUUGCAUUGGCUAUCAUUCUGCCAAUCAUUCUGGUCAUCCUGCUGAUUGGUGGAAUCUACAUGUACUACACCAAUGUAUGUAGGUGGCAGUGGAAACCACUGUUCUGGAAGUCUCUUUCUCACACCCACUCAUAUAGUCCCAUUACAGUGGAGUCUGACUUCAACAACCCACUUUAUGAGGCAGGGGACACACGAGAGUAUGAGGUGUCCAUCUGAGACCAUCUUUAAUUGAAUGGAGGAAUAGGAGAAGAAGGGAUACUGUUAUUUUCUCUCCACAAGACAAUUAUUGGUUUUAUUAUAUUCAUUUGAAUCACACUUUAGAAAGUCUCUCUCUCUCUCAUCCCUCUCCAUCAACUCACAGAUGUGAGAGAGAGAGAGAGAGAGAGAGAGAGAGAGAGAGAGAGAGAGAGAGAGAGAGAGAGAGAGAGAGAGAGAGAGAGAGAGAGAGAGAGUUUCACAGAUGGAGUAAAGUCCCUGCUGAAAAGACUAUCUUAAAUCAUCAUAAAUCUGGUUUAGUAUUGGUCAACCAAAGCCUUUCUAGUGGAGAGGGCGGACUAGAAAAGCCCUUUCAUGCCCAGCAUUCAAACCACAACACCAGCUGGUCUUUUCACAGGGGUUGAGACAAGUACACAAAAGUAUAUAAUCUAUAAUGCAGAAACUAUACACUCACGUGCACACGUUUGUAUACAGACACGUGCAGACACAUUAACACAUACAUGAUGACGAGAACAUACUGAAUGUAAAUAUUUUGAUUAAAUAGCAAGGCUUCUGUAUACACAACUGAUUCAGUGCCAAAAUCCCAUCCCAUGAUGUGACGUCACUUUAUGUUUCACUGGUUGCCAUAGUAUUUUUCACAUUUUUAUGUAAUAAUGAGGACAAUGCCAGCAUUUCAUAUUGUUCUUUGCUGUUUCUUAUGGAUCUCUUUCUGCUUGAUGUUGAAUGACCAUGUUUCAGAGGAACAGAAUGUCCUCUUGCUUACGGCACGCAACGAUUGUAUAUUUUACCGCUUCAGCUUAAAAUUCACAAUCAAUUAUACUUACUGUCAUUGUUAUCAGAGUUGAUGUUGUUGCAUAUGCACUAUGUUGAGAAAAAAUAUAUACUGAAAAAACUGCUUGCUGUGAUGCAGUAAUGGAAUUGAAAUGCUUUUUAUAAAUUGCAUUUUUUUUAUUAUGUAUCUCAUGGUUUCUUGUUAAUAUGCAGUGAGUUUUGUCUUUUCCACUGUGCCAUUUUUCGGAGCCCAUGUCGUGGGCUUUGUUGCAUUAUAGUAUUACUUGAUUGUUAUUUAUUUAUCAACAUAUUAUACUUGUCAUGAAGACAUUAUUUAUUUGCUGAGAUUUACGACUAAAUAAAAGUCUCUGUUGGAUGGUGAAAA